GCUCAUUCCAAAUCUCUGACACACUUUCUGAAAUUCUUGAAAUUUCUUCUGAUACGAAAUCUCAAUCAUUCGAAUCUACCAUUCAAACAUAUGCUGUUAGUAAAAGCCUCAAGAAAACUACUAAACAUACCACCUGGUGGACAACUGCAAUUACUAUUAAAAUAAAAGAAGAAAAGGUUAAAAGUAGUAAGGAAUCAAAAGAAAAAGAACAAGAUACCUCCAUAAUUGGCAAAAUCAGUCACGUAUUCACCACCGAAGAAGAAACCACAAAGAAAGUUGAAAAGAAAGAAAAAGAUGAUCAUCAUCACACUGCUACAAAGGUUCUCGCAGGAGCUGCUCUUGUUGGUGCUGCGAAACAUCAUCAUGACAAAAAAUCACGUAUUUAUCACGUAUUCACCUCCGAAGAAGAAACCACAAAGAAAGUUGAAAAGAAAGAAAAAGAUGAUCAUCAUCACACUGCUACAAAAGUUAUCGCAGGAGCCACUCUUGUUGGUGUUGAGAAACACCAUCAUGACAAGAAAGUAGAAAAGAAGGAACAUGAAGAAGAACAUGAGGGUAUUAUUAGUGGAGUAACAUCAACCAUUGGAUCAACAUUUAGUGGAUUCUUUGGAAAACAUGAUACUAAAUCGGUUGAAACCACAAAAACCAUCAUCUCCAAACAAACCAAUGAAGGCUCAUUCCAAAUCUCUGACACACUUUCUGAAAUUCUUGAAAUUUCUUCUGAUACAAAAUCUCAAUCAUUCGAAUCUACCAUUGAAACAUACGCUGUUAGCAAAAACCUCAAGAAAACCACUAAACAUACCACCUGGUGGACAACUGCAAUUACUAUUAGUAGCUCCACCGUAACACAGUCAUAUGAUAAAAAAGGAGAGAAGAAACAUGAAGAAGAACAUGAGGGUAUUAUUAGUGGAGUAACAUCAACAAUUGGAUCAACAUUUAGUGGAUUCUUUGGAAAACAUGAUACCAGAUCAGUUGAAACCACAAAAACU